CUCACGAACAGGCAAGACAAGAGGACUGAAGCGCGGAAGGAACGUGCAGAAAUACGAAGAGAGAAACACGAAGGAGAAACAUGAAAAUAUGAUCGGAGGGUAAAUGAAGGACGUUUUUAUUUGGGGAAAAAAUCAUACGAAUUGCAGGAGGAGUUGUAUAGGGAAACCCUAUUGAAUUGCGUAGGAUUACAAUUAGUAAAGCAAUAUACCUAGGUUUUUUUGGAAAUAAAAUAUCAGAAAUGGAGGAUUUGAUAGUUCGCCAAAGCAGGAGAACAGAUCUGACAAGAGGACUGGACAGUGAAUGAGGACCCAAUCGAACAGGAGUGGAAUAGAGUGUAUAUGCGAUUUUUUUUUUCCCCUUUUUUUUCUUUUUUUCUUUUUACUUUUUUCACAGCUCCCUCUGUCAUGGCCAAUGACAAGAAUAAAGAGUUGAGGGACUGAAGGACGGAGUCGUGUGCUGAAGGGAGACUGUCCCGAGUGUGUCCCAGUGUCUUGCAUUCUUACGGAUGAUGUGGCCAGGAAUGCAGAGGAACAGGCUUGUCCCGGUGUGUGGGACUUGCUGCAGCAGUGGACCGGGGGCCCCUCUGUGGAUAUGGAUGUUUUGCUGCGGUUUGGCGCUGAUCAGGGGACAGAGCUACUACCCCACAGUGAACACGCAUUACGGGAAGCUACGGGGUGUGCGGGUUCCACUGCCCAGUGAGAUCCUGGGACCUGUGGAUCAAUACCUCGGCGUGCCGUAUGCCGCUCCGCCUGUGGGUGAGAAGCGGUUCCUGCCGCCUGAGCCACCUUCCUCUUGGUCCGGGAUCAAGAACGCCACUCACUUUGCGCCUGUUUGUCCGCAAAACAUCCACAAUGCUGUGCCAGAAAUUAUGAUGCCUAUCUGGUUCACAUUUAACUUGGAUAUAGUUGCCACAUACAUACAGGAUCAAAAUGAGGAUUGCUUGUAUCUAAACAUCUAUGUUCCAACCGAGGACGUCAAAAGAAUAUCCAAGGAAUGUGCCAGAAAACCCAACAAGAAAAUAUGUAGAAAAGGAGGGGCCCAUGCCAAAAAACAGGGAGAGGAUUUAGCCGAUAACGACGGCGAUGAAGAUGAAGACAUACGAGACACUGGUGCCAAGCCCGUGAUGGUGUACAUUCAUGGAGGCUCAUACAUGGAGGGAACAGGCAACAUGAUUGACGGCAGUGUGUUGGCAAGCUAUGGGAACGUCAUUGUGAUCACACUCAACUUCCGGGUUGGAGUUUUAGGGUUCCUGAGCACGGGUGACCAGGCCGCCAAAGGAAAUUAUGGAUUGCUGGACCAGAUCCAGGCAUUGCGCUGGAUCAGUGAGAACAUUGGCUACUUCGGUGGUGAUUCCAACCGCAUCACUGUUUUUGGAUCAGGAAUCGGUGCCUCCUGUGUGAGCCUUCUCACAUUGUCCCAUCACUCAGAAGGCCUGUUCCAUCGUGCCAUUAUUCAAAGUGGUUCGGCACUUUCCAGCUGGGCUGUUAACUACCAACCAGUGAAGUACACACGAUUGCUGGCUGAGAAGGUGGGCUGCAAUGUGCUGGACACAAUGGACAUGGUGCACUGCCUGCGCAAGAAAAACGCUCGCGAGCUGGUGGAGCAGGACAUCCAGCCAGCACGUUACCAUGUGGCGUUCGGGCCCGUCAUCGAUGGCGAUGUGAUCCCAGACGACCCUGAGAUCCUCAUGGAGCAGGGCGAGUUUCUCAACUAUGACAUCAUGUUGGGUGUGAACCAGGGCGAAGGCCUGCGCUUUGUUGAGAAUGUUGUGGACUCAGAGGAUGGAGUGUCAGGCAAUGACUUUGACUUCUCCGUCUCUGACUUUGUGGACAGCCUGUAUGGGUACCCGGAAGGUAAGGACACACUGCGGGAGACCAUAAAGUUCAUGUACACGGACUGGGCGGACCGUGACAACCCUGAGACACGGCGCAAGACCCUGGUUGCACUCUUCACUGACCACCAGUGGGUGGAGCCUUCAGUGGUGACGGCGGACUUGCAUGCCCGCUACGGCUCGCCCACCUACUUCUAUGCCUUCUAUCACCAUUGCCAGAGCCUGAUGAAGCCUGCAUGGUCAGAUGCAGCACAUGGAGAUGAGGUGCCCUAUGUCUUUGGUAUUCCCAUGAUUGGACCCACUGACCUGUUCCCCUGCAACUUCUCCAAGAAUGACGUCAUGCUCAGCGCUGUGGUCAUGACCUACUGGACAAAUUUUGCAAAGACAGGAGAUCCCAACAAGCCAGUGCCCCAGGACACCAAGUUCAUCCACACGAAAGCCAAUCGCUUUGAGGAGGUGGCCUGGUCCAAGUACAACCCCCAGGACCAGCUGUACCUGCACAUUGGUUUAAAGCCUCGCGUGCGCGACCACUACCGUGCCACCAAGGUGGCCUUCUGGAAGCACUUGGUGCCACACCUUUAUAACUUACAUGACAUGUUCCACUACACAUCCACCACCACCAAAGUGCCGCCACCCGAGACCACGCAGAACUCACUGUCCACCAAGCGGCCCGGUGGCAAGGCAUGGCCCUUCAACACCAAACGGCCACCUAUGUCGCCUGCCUACAACAGUGAGGGUGGAAAGGAGCCCUGGAAUGGUGAGGAGGAGCCUGGCCCACUCGUCGUGGAGAACCCACGCGACUACUCCACCGAGCUGAGCGUCACCAUCGCUGUAGGUGCUUCGCUUCUCUUCCUCAACGUGCUUGCUUUCGCCGCCCUCUACUACCGGAAGGACAAACGGCGACAGGAGCAGCGUCCACAGGCAAGCCCCCCACCACAUGCUGCUGGGGCCACAGGGGCUGGAACUGCCAACGACGUGAGCCGCCAUGCACCUGCCGAGGAGGAGAUUGUUUCUCUGCAGGUGAAUCAGGCUCGACGAGAGUGUGAGGGUGGGGAGGCCCUGCGCCUGGCCUCACUGCCCGACUAUGCGCUGACACUGCGCCGUUCGCCUGACGACAUCCCCCUCAUGACACCCAACACAAUCACGAUGAUCCCCAACUCACUGGUGGGCAUGCCCAACCUGCACCCCUACAACACCUUCACUGCCGGCUUCAACUCCACCGGCCUGCCCCACUCGCACUCUACAACUCGUGUAUAGCUUUAAGGAAACCCAUCUGAGUGGGACGUGCAGAUGCAGGAGAGCUUUUGGUUUUCUAAGAAUAUCGCAGUGGAUUGCAUAGGAAACAAUAAUGAAAUGUUUUAAAGUGAUUUUUUUCACAGCAAAUCCUGCACAUGCUCUCUGGACGUCUGGUGGUUACAGACCUGUCAAAAGGUCAACUACUCCAUCUUCACUGAGAUGUGUUUCAAGCAGUAUUUUUUUCUAAUAAUAAUUUUAAAAUGGGGGGAUGCCUUUUUAAGAAGACUGGGGAAAUAUCAACUUUUUUUCUUGAAUAAUUAACAAAAAUGCAGAAAAGUGCUUUUUAUUUCCCAUUUCAGUCUCUUGUGGGAAACAUGUUUCAAAACAAUGGCCUCAGAGAUGACACGUGCAUAAUAUCUGUUGCUUUUUUCUUUUUAUUGCCUUAAUAAGAGCUUGAUUUUUGUUGUUCUACUUUUUAUCUUUCACUGAAAUGAGCGUGUAUGGAGUAUAUUUGACAUAAGCAGCUGGAUUCUGGAGAAGCAUUUAUAGAAAUCACAGCAGUUUGAAUCCAUGCCAAGUUGUUUUCAGUUGCUUUUCCUCAUACUCGGUUUUACCAUUUUCCCCUUAUUUCCAGUGAAGAUUAUUGUCUGAUACAAACUUUGCCAGACAAGACUGGACAAAUAAACUUUACUGUGAUUGUUUUGCUAAAAGAAAAGUGCAUCUUUUUCAACAAAAUGAACUCUCAACUACUGGAUGAGAUCUUUAGAAACUGCACACUCACAUCACACAGUUCUCAGAACAUCUUUUUGUGUGAGUGCGUAUUUGGGCACAUGUGUUGAGAGGGGAUGUGCUGGUGUUUAGAACACCUGAGAAUGUCUUGUAUGGUGUGUAAUUGGGUGGGUGUUCAUAUUAGUAAGAAUGUGUGUGCUUGUGCUGAAAACACCUGAGAAUGAGUCUCUGUGAGUGUGCGUGCACGUGUGUGUGAGAGAGAGAGAGAGAGAGAGAGAGAGAGAGAGAGAGAGAGAGA